GGAGAGUGUAUACGCUAAAAGAAAAUACGGUCACACGGUUCCCGAUUUUGCUAACGCUAAUUUGCAUUGUGUUCAUUAAAGUUUAUCAAGUUGGAUCCAGCCACAUAUACAUACAAACGGCAUAGUGCGAGGGGAAUCCCACGUAGAAUGUGAGAAAAAUGCGCAUGCGCGGACGAAGAUUGCUUCCGAUUAUCCUGUCGCUUCUUUUGAUCGCCCUGCUGAGUCUCUGUUACUUUUCGAGUCACUUAAGGGACUCAAGGCAGUCCCCUGAUGACGGUUUCUUGCUGCACUUACCACCCGAAACGAAGGAAGAUCCAGCUAACUCUAAUACCACGCCAAGUAAUUCCCUUCUGAAUCUCACGGAUUUCCACUACUUGCUGGUCAGUAAUGUGUGUCGAAAGACUAAAAGAGAACUCUUAGCCGUUUUAAUAGUCACUUCGUAUGCGGGAAACGAUGCCUUGCGAUCAGCUCACCGACAGGCGAUUCCGCAAAGCAAGCUGGCAGAGAUGGGCUUGCGAAGAGUCUUUCUCUUAGCAGCCCUGCCUUCAAAAGAGCUUUUUAUCAGCCAGGAUCAACUGGCCAGCGAACAGCAGCGUUUCGGGGACCUUCUCCAGGGUAAUUUUAUCGAGGACUAUCGCAAUCUGAGCUACAAACACGUAAUGGGAUUAAAGUGGGUCUCUGAAGAGUGCAAAAAGCAGGCGAAGUUUAUCAUUAAACUGGAUGAUGACAUCAUCUACGAUGUAUUUCAUCUGCGCAGGUAUUUAGAGACCCUCGAGGUGCGCCAACCCGGACUGGCCACAUCAAGCAGUUUGUUAUCCGGCUACGUAUUGGAUGCCAAGCCUCCCAUUCGCCUGCGAGCCAACAAGUGGUACGUUAGCAAAAAGGAGUACCCACAUGCUCUAUAUCCCGCUUAUUUGUCGGGCUGGCUUUACGUGACCAACGUGCCAACGGCCGAGAGGAUUGUAGCGGAGGCGGAGAGGGUGUCAUUUUUUUGGAUCGAUGACACCUGGUUGACUGGAGUAGUAAGGACGCGUUUGGGUAUUCCCCUAGAGCGUCACAACGACUGGUUUUCUGCCAAUGCAGAGUUCAUCGACUGCUGUGUUCGAGAUCUCAAGCAGCAUAGCUACGAAUGCGAGUACUCCGUGGGACCCAAUGGCGGCGAUGACCGACUACUGGUGGAAUUUCUGCAUAACGUGGAGAAGUGCUACUUUGACGAAUGCGUCAAACGGCCAGUUAGUAAGUCGCUUAAAGAGACAUGUUUAGCGGCGGCCAAGUCUCGACCUCCUAAACAUGGUUUUGCUGAAAUAAAAGCAUUGCGACUGAGGUGACAUCGGUUCAAGGACACGUUGCUCUUCGACCUUCAGAAACUAGUAUAUAAGGACUUUUUUAUAAAAGGGGGUGAUGAAGAGAGAGACUUAUCCCACCGAAGUGAUAUGACUCCGGUACUCAUCCUAGCAUAUGUAUUACAAUAAAUGUUUGCCCAGAAAUCUUUUUUAAACUGAA